CAACAGAUAAUGAUAAGUCAAAGAUUCUUGAUAAGUUUGUUCAUAGCAUUAUUGUUAUUUUAGAUUGUUGAUUGCAAGAAAUCAAGUGGAACAAAAAGUGGAACCAGUGGAUGUAUUAAAUUGAAUUUUAAAAUAUAGCAUCAUCUACAAAACCAUCAACAUCAUCUUCAAAUGGUAAAAAUAAAGUAUAUGCUGGAGAAUCAGAAGUUAGUCCAUUAGUUGAAUUCUUAGCUGGAAUAAUAUUAUUCUUUAUAUCGUUUCCUAUAUUAUGGUUAAAUGAAUACAAGUAUUAAUGGAUAAUUAAUAAAGAGCUGCUGAAAAUGAAAUCAAUUUAGAAAGAGCAGAAAAAGAAUGUACAUCUACUAAUUGUUUAGAAGUAAAUCCUAAUUUAGAAAAAAGAUUAAUUCAUAUAAAUGGUUAAACAAAAACUGAAAAUAUUUUAAAAGAUAAACGAUUUGGAAUUGAGGUUGAUAAUUGUUUGGUUCUAAAACGAAGAGUCGAAACAUAUUAAUGGAUUAGAAAAGAAGAAACAGAAGGAGUGGGUAAAGAUAAAAAAAUCAAAGUAUUUUUUGUAACAGAAUGGUCUGCAAUUCCUUAAGAAAGUUAUGAAAAUUUUGAAAAUGAUGAUAAAGAUUGGACUAUUAAGAAAAAAACUAAAUAUGCUAAAGAAGCUUAUUUAGGUGCUUAUAAGCUUACUAAAUUUUAAUUGAAAUAAGCUAAAGAUUUUAAAGUUAUUACACCAAAAUAAGAAUUUGUUAGUAUUUGUUAAUAAUCAUUUCCAUAAAGAACUUAAGAACAUAUGUAAUACAUAUAUUAAUUAUCAAAUCUAGUAAAAUAUAAGAUGAUUACAUUUAUUUUAAUAAGAUAGAUGGCAAUUUUACAGUUGGUGAUCAAAGAAUUCGUUUUUAAAUGAUUAAGUGUGGAGAUGCCACAGUUGUUUCUCAAUAAAAAGGGAAUUCUUUUGAACCAUACUCAUUAUAUGUAAAAAAUAAUUAAUUGCUUAAUGAUUAUGAUCAUAAAGAUAGUGAUCAUUCUAUAUAUGUUGGUGAAGAUUUAUCUUAAAUAUUAAAAGAUAAAGCUGAUGAAAAUGGAAUUAAAAAGUAACUUAAACAUUUGUUAGAACCUAUUAAAUAUAUUGAUUGGUUUUUAGAAAAGAUCUUAACAAUUCAUGAAGUAUUUGAUCAUAAACUCAAAGAAUCACGCAAAUUAACAUUGGCUAUUAGAUUCUUAGGUUUUCUAUUGAUGGUAUUUAUAAUUUUAUAAUUUUUUAGUUUUUUGGCUUAAUGUUUUUCUUUUCGCCAAUUGUUUAUGUCAUUUCAUGGUUUCCAUUUUUGGGUCGUUUUAUGGCUGAAUUGUCUACAUUUUUAUUUGCUCUUGUUAGUGCUAUGAUAUCUAUACCAUUAACUUUAAUUACAAUAGCUUUAGCUUGGCUUAGAUUUCAUCCAAAAAGAGCUCUUGUUAUUUUUGGAAUAGCUUUUAUGAUUGGUUUUACUGUAUGGGUAAUAAUAUCAAAGAAAGGAUCCAGAUAAUAUUAAGAAGAAUAUGAUAAUUAUUGA